AUGGUUGAGGCGCGCGCGGCGGGGCUGGACACCGGUGCUGCGUUGCUGCUCGCGCGGCUCUUCAGCGUGGCGCGUGACACGGGAGACACGAGCGUAGCGGGCUCGGGGUCCGAGUCCUGGGCGAUGAUGAUGAUGACGCAGCCCCCGCCUCCGUCCACCGGCCCACGGAUUCCGCCCGAGGCGGGGAACCGGACGCGCUGCGCAGCGCACGUGCAGAGCUACGGCGGCGCGGAGCGCGCGCUGAUCGGCGGCGUCCUGACGGCGCUGACGCUCGUGACGGCGUGCGGGAACCUGCUGGUGGUGGUGUCCGUGUGCUCGGUGAAGAAGCUGCGGCAGCCCUCCAACUACCUGAUCGUGUCGCUCGCGCUAGCCGACCUGUCCGUGGCGCUCGCCGUCAUGCCGUUCGUCAGCGUCACUGACCUCAUCGGUGGCCGCUGGAUCUUCGGCCAGUUCUUCUGCAACGUCUUUAUCGCCAUGGACGUCAUGUGCUGCACGGCGUCCAUCAUGACCCUCUGCGUCAUCAGCAUCGACAGGUACCUGGGCAUCACGAGGCCUUUAACGUACCCGGUGCGUCAGAACGGAUGGUGCAUGGCCAGGAUGGUUCUGUCGGUGUGGUUGCUCUCGGCCUCCAUCACAUUGCCUCCGCUCUUCGGUUGGGCUCAGAAUGUCAAUGAUGAUAACCAGUGUCUGAUCAGCCAGGACUUCGGCUACACUAUCUACUCCACCGCCGUGGCCUUCUACAUCCCCAUGAGCGUCAUGCUGGUCAUGUACCGCCGAAUUUACCGUGCCGCCAAGCUCAGCGCUGCCAAACAUGCUAUCUCAGGCUUCCCGCGGCCAAGUGACGAAGGUGACGACGAUGACAGAAACAGCCGAGAUGAUGACAGUGACUGUAUGACGGCAGCUAUGAAAAUGCACCGGCUCAGAGGAGCGAAGUGGAACGAAGCUGAGCGCAAAAGCGCCUCCAUUUUCAAGCGGGAACAGAAAGCAGCAGCCACACUGGGCCUGGUGUUGGGUGCGUUUACUUUCUGCUGGCUGCCAUUCUUUGUGCUGUCGACACUGCGUCCGUUCGUGUGCGGCGUGCGCUGCAGCUGCGUGCCUCUAUGGAUCGAGAGAACGCUGCUGUGGCUCGGCUACGCCAACUCGCUCAUCAACCCGUUUAUCUAUGCCUUCUCCAACCGUGACCUGCGCACCGCCUACCGCAGCCUGCUCGCCUGCCGCUACCGCAACAUCAACCGCAGGCUCUCCGCUGCCGGCGUGCAUGAAGCGCUAAGACUCGGCCCGAGGUCAGAGGUCACGCUGUCUGUGUGA